GCCUUGGCGUGGGCCCAGCCCGGCCCUGGCAGCAAUGGGGCUCCUGCAGCUGCUGGUCGUAGCGGUGCUGGCAUCCGAACGCCGGGUGGCGGGUGCAGCCGAGGUCUUCGGGAACUCCAGCGAGGGUCUUAUUGAAUUUUCUGUGGGGAAAUUUAGAUACUUCGAGCUCAAUAGGCCCUUUCCAGAGGAAGCUGUUUUGCAUGAUAUUUCAAGCAAUGUGACUUUUCUUAUUUUCCAAAUACACUCACAGUAUCAGAAUACAACCGUUUCCUUUUCUCCGACUCUCCUUUCCAAUGCCUCGGAAACAGGCACUGCCAGUGGACUGGUUUUCAUCCUUAGACCGGAGCAGAGUACAUGCACUUGGUACCUGGGGACUUCAGGCGUAGAGCCUGUACAGAAUAUGGCUAUCCUACUCUCCUACUCAGAAAGAGAUCCUAUCCCUGGAGGCUGUAAUUUGGAGUUUGAUUUAGAUAUUGAUCCCAACAUUUACUUGGAGUAUAAUUUCUUUGAAACGACUAUCAAGUUUGCCCCGGCAAACCUAGGCUAUGCGAGAGGUGUAGAUCCCCCGCCAUGUGAUGCUGGGAUGGACCAGGACUCCCGAUGGAGGUUGCAGUAUGAUGUCUAUCAGUAUUUUCUGCCUGAGAAUGACCUCACUGAGGAGAUGUUGCUGAAGCAUCUGCAGAGGAUGGUCGGCGUGCCCCAGGUGAAGGCCAAUGCUCUCAAGGUGGUUACCCUAACAGCUAAUGAUAAGACAAGCGUUUCCUUCUCCUCCCUCCCGGGACAAGGUGUCAUAUACAAUGUCAUUGUUUGGGACCCGUUUCUAAAUACGUCUGCUGCCUACAUUCCUGCUCACACAUAUGCUUGCAGCUUUGAGGCAGGAGAGGGUAGUUGUGCUUCCCUAGGAAGAGUGUCUUCCAAAGUGUUCUUCACUCUUUUCGCCCUGCUUGGUUUCUUCAUUUGUUUCUUUGGACACAGAUUCUGGAAAACAGAAUUAUUCUUCAUAGGCUUUAUCAUCAUGGGAUUCUUCUUUUACAUACUGAUUACAAGACUGACACCUAUCAAGUAUGAUGUGCGUCUGAUUCUGACAGCUGUCGCUGGAAGCGUCGGUGGGAUGUUCUUGGUAGCUGUGUGGUGGCGAUUUGGAAUCCUCUCGAUCUGCAUGCUCUGUGUUGGACUAGUGCUGGGGUUCCUCAUCUCAUCAGUGACUUUCUUUACUCCACUGGGAAACCUAAAGAUUUUUCAUGAUGAUGGUGUAUUCUGGGUCACUUUCUCUUGCAUAGCUAUCCUCAUUCCAGUAGUUUUCAUGGGCUGCCUAAGAAUACUGAACAUACUGACCUGUGGAGUCAUUGGCUCCUAUUCGGUGGUUUUAGCCGUUGGCAGUUACUUGUCCACAAGCCUUUCCUACAUCACUUUGAAUGUACUCAAGAGAGCGCUCAACAAGGAUUUCCACAGAGCUUUCACAAAUGUGCCUUUUCAAACUAAUGACUUUAUUAUCCUGGCAGUAUGGGGCAUGCUGGCUGUAAGUGGAAUUACAUUACAGAUUCGAAGAGAGAGAGGACGACCAUUCUUCCCUCCCCACCCAUACAAGUUAUGGAAGCAAGAGAGAGAGCGCCGAGUUACGAACAUUCUGGACCCUAGCUACCACAUUCCUCCACUGAGAGAGAGGCUCUAUGGCCGAUUAACUCAGAUCAAAGAGCUCUUCCAGAAGGAGCAGCCAGCUGGAGAGAGAACGCCCCUGCUUCUGUAGAUGUCCAGGGGUUUGGUUAGUGUGCCUCAGCUUUGGAGUUCAUGCCUGGAGUGAUUCAGCAGUCUCUGGUGCAAGUCUAAUAAGAGAUCAGGCAUAUAGAUCUGUGCUUUGCAUAAUAUUAUGGUGCCCUUAUUGAUAUAUGGUAAGGGUAUACUAGGGGAUUAGGAUGAUUCUAAGAGAAUGAGAAAGAUGGCCAAAAGGUUGGUGGUAGGGAGGCUUUUCCUUAUUUCCAAAUACUUGAGAAAUUACCUUUUGGUUUACAAAUCUAUGAUCAACUUAUUCCAUUAGAUACAUUUAAAAAAUUAAAAACUGAUUCUCCUGCAGA